AUGGCCACACAGGAGACAGACCAAGAAGAUGUCUCGCAAUCGGUCCUACCUGUUCUGAAAGAUCUCACAGACCGCGCCAAAACACUUCUCUCGGAACUGGAGACUUUCCGGGCACACUUGCGAACGAUUCGUCAGGAAGGCCAGGUCGAAAUCGCGUCGUUCAGAAGUACCGUACAGUCGGAGCUCGGCAUGCUAGAGCGGCUUUCCAGCAAGCCUGACAAUGCGUCAACGAGCCAUAUCGCAAGAUCAUCCAAUCUGCCGUUUUUGGAGACUGUCUGGAACGAGGCAAAGAAGUCAAAGCGGGUGGCAGCCUUGCAGAAACGAGUCUACUAUAACUCGCCGAGCAAGUCUUUAUCACAGGCCAUGACCAUGCGUCAUGUCACUCGUCAAAAGCCGAACAAAGAAGGCAUGAAGAACGCAGCUGUUCCAGUCGACGCUAUCACCGACUCAGGGCUCACGUGGCUCAAGGUAUCUCUUGUUACCAACACAAGACUACUGUUCGAUCUGGCCAAGCAAGGCUGGCAGUCAGGGGGCUCAGAGGACGAAGAGGGCCCUGCUUUUCCUUCAGAAGACGAUGACGACGACGAUAUCCCUCUCGUGAAGAGCGCCAAGGAGAUUUGCUACGCUGCUCAGUCCUUCCGUAUAAGGACCAGGACACCUGUCGUCCACCUGAUUUUGCCUCGAGUGCAGCCCGGAGAGACGGAUGAGGUGGAUGGGAUUCUAGAUCAGUGCCGAGCAGCUGGAGCAUUGGUCUUUUGUGGCGAAGAUCUGAAACCAAGUGUACCGAUUGACCAGGCACUUGAUGUGAUGGCCUCUAACCCGAUCUCGACCUUUUCAGAAACGGUCAACAUCGAUUGCACUAUUCUCCUCGCCUUGGUGUCGGAGUUCUCUCACGCACGAGUGUCAAAAGAGCCCUGGUUCCACAGAGCGUUGCAACGUCAAGUGGAAAUCGAGGGAAACGAGAACCUUCUACCGUCCUUGCUGUAUCCUGCUCUGGCGAAUCAUCCGAUGGUGUGCACCUCAAAAGCAGCCAAACGUAUGAGCGAAAUUGUGGAAACGAUAGGAACUCCUUCUGAGAAGGCUCGCACAGCCAUCCUCCUUGCCGACGAGAAAUUAAAAUCUCAUCACGAACUUGUGCAAGAGAUGCAGGCCUGGUCGGCAUAUGAGGUGCCGGACUCCUGGCGACUUCCGAUUCGAAUUCUGGACCAGGAUGAAGAGACGGCGAUGUACCCGAAUCUGCCACCUGCAGCUACUGCGGCCAGCGAGAGUAUGACAUCCAUCAAUAAAUCUGUCUUUCUCUAUGGCUGGGCUACCGGUGUUACUACGAUAACUAGCAAUCGGACGGUCGUGAAGCAGCUCGAAAGUGACUUGGAUAAGCAUGAAAGCUUAGACGAUGCUACCUGGCCAAGUAUAUGGCUCUGUCCAACUGCACGUUCACUUGUAGGCAAAGAGAAGAGAGGAGUAAAGAAGGAACACAACAAGAAGGAUGGCGUCUACUCUUUACCCGACCCUCUGAGACGAGAAGCGCAAAGACGCAAUGGACUUGACGUACUUUCUGCGAGAGAAGGACGUGAAGUCGUCGACCUGCGACCAGACGGAUACCCUUGUGAAGAGGUCCUGGAAGCUAAGAAUGCCGCAAGGCAGGCAUCCUCGGCACCUCUUGAGGCCAGAGAAAAGUAA